AUGUCAGGAAGCAAGGUCAAUGAACCACUUUGGAACUCCUCCCCUGAAGCUCGGGCACUCUCAAAUAUCCAUCUCUCUCUGCCGUCGGCACAGCAGAGGAAUGCGGCAACUUAUGAACGGGGAGACGCAGUCUCCCUGGCAGGAGAGGCUCUGGGAACUGCGAAUCAUGAAUGGAUUGCAGACCAGGAAACGGGCUACGACUUUGCAACCCUUGACAACGUGGACGGAUACAUGAAGUGCUGUGUCGACGUUGCCGACGUUCUCCUGAACCAGAAUGCGUCUGUUGCAAAAGUCUACGUCUCCGUCGACGGAGACGCCCAUGCCCAGAGGCUAGCUCAAGGGUGGCUGCAGCGCUCACGCAAGAUGCUUCGGUAUUAUUUGUCCCAGAAGAUGAAAAGGCGCCGGCGGAUCCCCGAGUUAUUUUUCCAUCUCGUUGAUGCCAAAGGGAUUGCAAAAAUGCUCUUCUCCCUUCACCGCCUCGAAGUCGAAGAAGUCAUUCCAUACGAGCUGAAGCAACAGAGUCGGGAGGUAACGGCGGACGAAGCUGUGCAAGUGGACGACGCACCUUGA